CCUGGAGCCUUUUACUGAGAUGACCAGAAAGUUGCCUUACCUCACUGACAUGACUUCACUUGGAGUCCUCCUGCUUUUUUUGCUCCCCUUUGUUGGAUCAUUACAUGCUUGCUCGUGUGGCUCUCUGAGCUGGGCCACUUGCGACGAAUCUUCAUGUGAAUGUUAUAUCAACAUUGGUGAACAGCAAAGACAAAUUCUGAAUUGCUCUAUAAUGAUUCCAAAAUGUUUUCUGAUGAAGGCAGAGAUGUAUAGCCUUAAACAUCCUUCAUCCUCACAAAAUAAGCCCACAGGAACAGCUCUGGCUGAUAGUGAAGAGCUUUAUGAUCCGGAGUGUGAGCCCAGUGGGCUUUUCAAGGCUAAGCAGUGCAAUAACACAGAUGUCUGCUGGUGUGUUGACAGUGCUGGAGUGCGCCGCUCUGACAGGGGCGACAGAAACCUGAAGUGUGAGGAGCUGGUGGAGACAAACUGGGUGCCUGUCCAGUUGAAACACAAAAACAUCAGCAUGGCCCUGCAAAGUGCUGUUGCCAGUGCCAUUCAGGAACAGUACAAAACAGACCAGCAACUGGAUAGCAAAAUUAAGGUCAAGUAUGAUGUUGAUGCCCGCCUCAUCAUUCUGAAUGUGAAAGAUGACACUGGUGAUUGGGAUCAGGAUCUGUCUGAAUUGGCCUACUACAUGGAGGAAGAUGUUAAGGUUCAGCCACUCCUUGAUGAUCAAAUGAAGUUGGAACCAACAGUCAUAGACCAACAGAUAGAGAUGGAGAAAGUCCUGGUGUACUAUCAGGGAGAGAAGGCAGAAACCAGUGGCAUGCAGAGGCUCACUUCUGGCAUUCUCGUGGUCACUGUUGUGAUCAUCCUGACAAUUCUUGUUGGGCUUCUCAUUCUGUUCCUGAUCAGAAGACAAAAGCGAGGCACAUAUGAAAAGGCCCAGACAAGUGAAAUGGAGGAAAUUUAGACUUUCAGCUGAACUUCAGGUCUGUGAAAUAUAGAAAAAGCUGGAUGGAAUAUGGAAAAAAAAACAUCUGACAGUGCAUUUAAACUGUAUGUGUUCAUAUUUACACUACAUUGUCACAUUUUGCUCUCUAUGGUGUUUUAUUGAGUCUUAACUGAAGCUCUACACACUUAAAAAUGGUUCUUCAAGGGUUCUUUAGUAAAGAAAAUGGUUCUGUAUAGAACCAUGAACCUUUGCAUGAUUAAAGGGUUCUUUGCAUCAUGAAAGGGUUCUUCAGAAAAGAAAAUGGUUCUAUACAAUACAAUAUAGAGCCCCCUAAAGCACAUUCUUUAAUAAUCUGAGGAACCCUUUCACAGCUUUAAUAAUGCAAAGGGUUCUUUGAGUGUUCAUGGUUCUAUAAAGAACCAUUUUCUUUACUAAUAAACUUCUGAAAAACCAUCUGUAUUAAGUGUGAACAUUAUUCAUUUCUGAAAUAAAUUGUAUAUCGUACAUUAGAAUAGUUUUCUAUUUAAGAAAAGAAAUUCUAUACUUUUAAGAGGAAAUAGUAUUUUGGUGAAAACCAUUACAACAAUAUUUUUAAUCAAUUUUCUAUCAAGUGGUGUAAUUAGCAAUGAAAUGAUGCUUCUGUUCUGAUUACUGAUUUGAAUGUAAUAAAGCAGGCACUUGUACAGAGAAUUAUGAAUUAAUAAGGGUUAAUACAAGUGUCUCUGGUUAGUCUGAAGUACUGCUGUAAACAGAUGGUUAUCUUUAAAAAAUAACAGUAGGUGGCAACAUUAAACAGCACAACCGUCAUAUACUGUACAAUGCUGUUUCUAAAAGUGUAUUUAUGAUUUACAAAUGCACAUGUAAUUUAUGAUUGCAAAACAUUGCGUACUUACAUACAUAUAUAGUACAUAGAACAUUAUUUCCUGAUAAUACUCUAUAUUCUUUCAGUAGAAAAAAUGAACAGUUUGAUUUCUGUAUUGUAAUAAUUAUUAUCUUUGGAUGGUAGUAAAAUUAAGAGUAUUUUA